GUAAUAUUCUUAUUCAGAGGAAGACCAGCAAAACCCUGGGGCUGUCUCAACUGUCGCUCGCUGCUAGUCCCGCCGUCAACCUUGACGCGUUCGAUCUCCGUUGGCCCUCGAACCUACGAAACGGGGGGCGCCGCAUCUUCACGGUGGUGAAAUGGAGAUUAAGCAGCUGUCGUUCGCAGCCGAUAGCCCUCCGCUGUCGGUGAUUGUGGCCGCUGAGCUUGCCGGCAUUCCUCUGGCGACCGAUUCAUCUCUAGCCUCGGGCUCUACUCCCUUCUUUGUCUUAUCAAAUGGGCUGAAGUUGCACGGAACUUAUGUACUUCUUCGGUUUAUUGGUCGCAUAGCAAAGUUACCGAACUUUUAUGGAGCCACAGCUUAUGAAUCUAGUCAGAUUGAUGAGUGGUUGGAAUAUGCUCCGGUUCUUUCCUCUGGUUCUGAGUUUGAGAAUGUAUGCAAGUACAUCGAUGAGUAUUUGGAAAAGCGCACUUUCAUUCUUGGCCAUUCCUUGUCUAUUGCAGAUGUAGCCAUCUGGUCUGGUCUUGCAGGAGUUGGAGUGCGAUGGGAGAGUUUGAGGAAGUCAAAGAAGUACCAGAAUCUCGUACGAUGGUUCAAUUCAUUAUCAUCAGAGUAUGAUAGUGUCUUGAGUGAGGUGCUGGCGAAAUAUGUGAGCAAGAGAGGAGGCACUGGGAAGCAAACUGCUUCUAAACAGGGUGCUGUUAGCCAGAGUAAGAAUGUUAGUGCUGAUGCAUCUGAUAAAGGAAAAAUAGCUAACAAGCCAACUGCUGAAGUCGAUCUUCCUGGAGCUGAGAUUGGUGAGGUGCGCCUCCGGUUUGCACCAGAACCCAGUGGAUACCUCCAUAUUGGUCACUCAAAAGCUGCACUAUUGAAUCAAUAUUUUGCUCAACGGUACCACGGAUCGGUGAUCCUUCGUUUUGACGAUACUAAUCCUGCAAAAGAGAGCAACGAGUUUGUGGAUAAUAUUAUAAAGGAUGUCGAGACUCUGGGGAUUAAUUAUGAAAGGAUAACCUACACAUCAGAUUACUUCCCUCAGAUGGUGGAAAUGGCUGAAAAAUUGAUCAAGCAGGGAAAAGCAUAUGUUGAUGACACACCACGAGAGCAAAUGCAGAAAGAAAGGAUGGAUGGCAUUGAAUCAAAGUGUAGGAGUAACAGUAUUGAUGAGAAUCUGAAGCUGUGGAACGAAAUGAUUGAGGGAUCUGAGAGGGGUCUGCAGUGCUGCCUUCGUGGAAAACUUGAUAUGCAGGAUCCCAACAAAUCUGUGAGAGACCCUGUUUAUUAUCGUUGCCAUCCCCUCGCACACCAUCGAAUUGGGUCGAAAUAUAAGAUAUAUCCGACCUAUGAUUUUGCAUGUCCCUUCGUUGACUCUAUAGAAGGUAUAACCCAUGCACUCAGGUCUAGUGAAUACCAUGAUCGGAAUGCACAGUAUUAUCGCAUCCAGGAGGAUAUGGGACUAAGGAAAGUUGAAAUCUAUGAAUUUAGCCGAUUAAAUAUGGUGUAUACACUUCUUAGCAAGCGUAAGCUCCUCUGGUUCGUUCAAAAUGGGAAAGUCGAUGGAUGGGAUGAUCCCCGUUUUCCUACAGUCCAGGGUAUCGUCCGCAGAGGUCUCAAAAUUGAGGCGUUGAUUCAAUUUAUUGUUGAACAGGGGGCAUCCAAAAAUCUCAAUCUUAUGGAGUGGGACAAACUUUGGUCUAUUAAUAAGAAGAUAAUUGAUCCCGUGUGCCCCAGACAUACAGCUGUCAUUGAAGAGAGGCGAGUGUUGCUGACUCUUACUGACGGUCCUGAAAAACCAUUUGUCCGCAUCAUACCGCGUCACAAGAAAUAUGAAGGUGCAGGAGAGAAGUGUACAACCUACACGAAGAGUAUCUGGAUAGACUACGCUGAUGCUGUGUGCAUCUCAGCUGGUGAGGAGAUAACCUUAAUGGAUUGGGGGAAUGCCAUCAUCAAGGACAUUGAGAAGGAUCAGGACGGAACCAUAAAGCAGUUGACGGGGGUCUUGCAUCUCAAAGGAUCUGUCAAGACGACGAAGCUGAAGCUCACGUGGCUGCCAGACACAAAUGAACUAGUCAGUCUCUCAUUGCACGAGUAUGACUACCUCAUCACAAAGAAGAAGCUCGAAGAAGGGGAGGAUUUUCUUGACGUUCUAAAUCCAUGCACCAAGAAGGUGACUGCUGCACUUGGGGAUUCCAACAUGCGAAAUCUGAAGCGUGGGGAAGUCUUGCAGCUGGAGAGGAAGGGCUACUUCAGGUGUGAUGUUCCUUUCGUUAGGCCUUCGAAGCCAAUUGUUCUGUUCGCCAUUCCUGAUGGCAGGCAACAAAGUGUCUUGAAGUAAGAUGUUUACUUCCCACAUAGAGUCAGUCUCAUCUCAGCCUUCUGAAUUACCUGGAGUUGUCUGAUGAUUCGAUCCCAAUCGGCUCGAGAUAAGGAGACAAAAACACAACGCUUGCUUUCUACUUAUUUCUCCUAUAAUUGGUGAUGUAACAUGCUAUGAUGGUAUGAUAUGGAUCAACAUAUUCAGUCCGAAAAGAUUUUGCUAGUUGAGUCUCAAUUGAUGAUUCUGUUCUUCAAAUAUUUCCAUAUACUUUGUAAUAAUUUGCACAUAAAUCUGGCUCUAUAGCUCAA